ACACGCUGUCCUCGGCCUCGGUCUAUACGUACAUUCAUCAGUUCCGGCGAACACUGCCACUCAGCCAUUUUUUCGCCUUGCAAAAUUACUACAAUAUCAACUGACAUUUGUCCUGUCCAGUCCAAUCCAAUCCAAUCCAACCCCACUUAACACUGUACUAAAAACUUCCAUUACAUUACACCCUAUAACUGAAACUUCUGAAAAUGAGAGAGCUUCUAGUGCUCACAUUUUACAUAAGCUCAAAUCUCUCUAACCCAACCACAUAUUUCGCCUGCAAAAUCUCAUCUACCAUCACUUGUUAUCUCUUACCAGAUCUAAACAGUUACAUACUGAAUGUACAAUAACAACAGAGAAUUACAUUCCAUAUAUAUAUAUAUAUAUAUAUAUAGAUACUAAGACACUUCCAUAGAUGUUCACUGGUGUCAUAUGAUGAAAAAUCUUCACUUUUUUCUUCCAUUUCUAGCAAUUACUCUCACUUUCAUUUACCUGGGCACCGCACAAAAUGCCUACAUUUCUAGCCACUCAGCAGCCCGAAUCAAAGAUUCAGAAGCUGCAUAUAUUAGACGAAGGCAACUUCUGUAUUACAGAGACCGGAUUGGCUCCAGAGGCGAGUUUGUGAAAAUACCUGCUUCCCUUAUUAUUGAGAACCCAAGAUUGAUAAAUGCUUACAUUGCUCUUCAAGCAUGGAAGGAAGCCAUCAUUUCAGAUCCUCAGAAUCUAACCAGUAACUGGGUGGGAUGCAGUGUGUGCAACUACACUGGAGUCUUCUGCUCUCCUGCUCUUGAUGACCCGUCAGUUCAGACAGUUGCUGGCAUUGAUCUUAAUCAUGGUGAUAUUGCUGGUUAUCUCCCUGAAGAGCUAGGACUCCUUACAGAUCUUGCAUUGUUUCACCUUAAUACCAACCGUUUUUGUGGCACAGUUCCAAAGAGUUUCAAGAACCUGAAGAUUCUGUUCGAGCUUGAUUUAAGUAACAACCGUUUUGCAGGGAAGUUCCCUUGUGUGGUUCUUCAAUUGCCAUGCCUCAAGUUUCUUGAUCUUCGUUUCAAUGAAUUCGAAGGUAAGGUACCAAGAGCUCUGUUUGAUAAAGAUCUUGAUGCCAUCUUCAUAAACCAUAACAGGUUCACUUUUGAAUUACCUGAUAAUUUUGGAAACUCACCAGUAUCUGUCAUUGUUCUUGCCAACAAUAAGUUUCACGGAUGCAUACCAAUGAGUUUAAGUAACAUGUCAAGAACUUUACGACAACUGGUUAUGAUCAACAACAAGCUGCAGUCAUGCCUGCCUAAGGAGAUUGGACUGCUAAAGAAUUUAACAGUUCUUGAUGUGAGCCAUAAUAACAUCAUGGGUGAAUUGCCAGAUACAAUUGCAGAAAUGAAGAAUCUGGAAGUGCUAAAUGUAGCACACAAUAUGUUUUCAGGGUCUGUCCCUGAGAAAGUAUGUUCCCUUCCGAGUCUGCAUAAUUUUAGUUUUGAGGAUAACUAUUUUACUGAUGAACCACCAGUCUGUUUGGGUUUGAAAGAGUAUGAUGAUAGAGGAAAUUGUUUCAGGGGAAGACCAGGGCAGAAAUCAAGUACAAUGUGUAAAAUGUUUUUGUCUAAGCCUGUUGAUUGCCAAGCUUUCAAAUGUCCAUCUCCUCAUUCUCCACCACCACCACCCUUGCCAUCACCUCCACCCUCCCUGCAGCCACCACCUCCACCCUCCCUGCCACCAAACCCUCCACCAGCUCCACCCUCACUGCCACAACCUCCUCCAUCUCCAAUAUUUCCACCACCGCCUCCACCACCACCCUCACAACCAUCUCCAGUAUCUCCGCCACCACCUUCACCACCAUCUCCAAUAUCUCCACCACCUCCACCAAAUUCUCUGCCACCACCAUCUCCAAUAUCCCCACCACCUCCAACAAAUUCUCCCCCACCCCCACCCCCACCCUCCUCACCACCGCCAACUUAUCCUUCACCUCCAGUUCUACCUUUGCCACCAGUUAUUGGAAGACCAUAUGCAUCCCCACCACCACCACCAAAUUAUUGAUUCAUUUGAGAAAUUUUCAGCUUCCAACACCCUUAGAGAGCUUAAAAGUUGAUGUGAUUUAUUUGCCAUUGACUGUUCAUCAUUGCCUUUGCAUGCUUCAAUGCACUAGAUGAGACCAAAACGUGGAGCAAAGACUUAGAUCAGUUAUGCUGAAAUUGUCCAGGAAGUUUGCUUGUGAUGAGAGAAAACAGUGUAACAGGUGAGAUUAGAUAUUCAAUUGAAUUUAAAUCUAAGUUGUUAAUAAGAUGGAAAAAAUAAUAGAAAGAAUAGACUGAAGGGAGUGUAAUUAAAGAGAUGAGUAGCCAUGCUUCUUUCAUUUUGUGGCAGUUAAUGUGAUGUUUUUCAGAUAAACUACUAAUCCUAGUAAACUAUUCCAUCUUAAA